AGUACCCAGACAGGUGUUCCUGCUAAGCCCCGCCCCUUUCCAGGUGGAUGUAGAAAAGCUCCAUCAGCUUCCCCCACUGAACAGAACUCCAGAACACCUGCUGCCAACAACACCUCCCUGAACCAAACUUCACAUCCAGCAGAAAUGGAACAUAAGAUGAUGCAGGUUUUCGCCGCAAUGAUGGUUUUCCUGGCUCUCAGUUUCCAGCCAGUACUGUCACAGGGUGAUAUUUCUAAAACAGGAUGUGGCGCAACCAAACAGUGCAUGCAGAAACCUACAAACUGCGACCCAGCAGGCAACACCACCGAUUGUCUUUUUGGAUCUGCUCGCCCCACAGCGUUGAAGGCCCCAAAUGGCAUCGACCUGGCCUUUGAGCUCAGUGGGAACUUUGCCAGAGGGAACUCUUCCCUAGAGAACUCUACCGGAUACGUCGCCGUAGGUCUCACCAACAAAGCUUGGACAAACUUCAUGCUUUUUAUCUGUGGUCGAAACAGCUCAAACAACGGGUCCUUCUUCAGCAUGUCCACGAUUUAUAACGCAGUCAAUAAAACUGCGAACAGUACACUAGCGAAGACUAUGACAGAUAUUAAAAACAUCGUCAAUGGUACCAACAUCAAGUGUACGUUUAACGUCGCUGGUCUGAAUGUCACCACCGGAGCUGGACUCAGGUCCGCCGAUACCACCUUUAGUUUGGUCGUCGGAUCUGGAACGGGAUUUGAUUUUAACGACCUCCAACUUUCUGAAACCGGUAAUGCUACAGACUUUUCCAUCUUCCUAACCUCGACAAACACCACAGCACCACCAUCAGGGGCCAACCGUCCUUUCUACUCUAAUGCUGUGCUGCCUCUGGUCAGCUUCGUCACACUGUCCAUCCUGACGUUCGCCUGAUCAAACCCAGAGAUGAAGAAGCUAUUAUAACCCCACAAAGACACAGUGAAGGGUGCUGCUUUAAAACGCAGCAAAAACCGAGUGUCAUGCUGUUUAUGAAGUGUUUUUACAAAACUAAUUCAGAGAUGUAUACAUUAUAUAUUGCACUGGUUGUUCUCAACACUUAUGAGAUGAAGAAACUAAUAGCUCAGGUUCUGCAAAAGUUUUGGUGAUUUAAGGUAUAUAUUUUUUAAUAAUGUAAACAUAUCUAUUGAUACAAUUACUGUCUUUAAAUGCUUUUAUUACUGUGUGAAAUGAAAUGUGAGCAGGUCUCGUGUGUUUAUUAAAUCUGACUGUCAUCUUAAAAGGAGCCCAUCCCAGCUCAGGAUUGUCUUGUUUUCAUUAAUUAGAUAAAGCCAUCUGUCAGUUAGCAAUAAAACCAGAAGGACUCACUACACCAGAAAAGUGACUAAACUGAAAGCAAGAUUUCAAUCUCGUUGGCGGUCGACCAACAUUCUGGAUCUUAUCGUCAAAAGCUCUAGAUGUCACGGUACGGCUAAAGAAAACAAGCCACUUGGCACAAGUUGAUGCCUUUUGUUAUUAUGUGAGAGGAUAUGAAAGAUGGUUGAACUCUGACAGAAUGACAAAGCACAUUUUAAUGAGCACUCUGCUUUGCUUCGAGAUAUGUGAGAAACUUAAUGUGAAAGCGUGAGACAUUUAGCAAAGGACAAUGGAAAAAUCAGGAGAAAAUGUUGAUAACCACAUCACUGUUUUUCUUUAUAAACUAUUUUUUGACAAUAAACAUAUUAAAUUUGA